AUGCCUUUGGUUCCCACACCACCACUUUCUGGAUCAAGCUCCACCCUGGACCUUCAGAGGCUACCACCACGACCUGUAAGGGCUGAACUGGAGGGCGUAUCCACCAGCCCCAAGCCUCAUGGUGUCUUCCCCCGCCCUCCACCAUCACACCGCCCCCAUGGAGCCACCAAGGAGCUGCCCCGACCUCUACCCCCACCCUCAGACACUGACAGGCAAGGCAAGGGGAGAAUCACAGGGGAGCUCCUGCAGAACAUGAUGCACAAGGGAGUACCCACCGCCCCUACCAAGCCAGUGCCCCCCUCCCUACCCAGCCAGAGGAGUCUGACGGAGGUAACCCCCCUGAGAAGGACCCUGCCCUCUGAGGGCCCCAGACCCAUAAAGCCCAGACGACCCCCGCACGUCAACCUGCAGGCCCAUCAGAGAAACACCAGACCACCACACCUUGCAGGGCGCCCAGUGUUAAGAAAGACUGAAGGUAAGCAGCUUGGUUCUAGAUUCAAUCCGAUCAAGCGGUCACUGGCGAUAGCCGACACCCGCAUAGCUGGUGUUUUGGCGGUGUCUGAGGUGUAACUUAGUCUAGCUAACACCAACAGUGCUUUCAGAAAGUAUUCACACACCUUUACUUUUUCCACAUUUUGUUGUGUUACAGCCUGAAUUGUAAAUUGAUUGAGAUUGUGAUCUACACACAAUACCCCAUAAUGUCAAAGUGGAAUUUUGUUUGUAGAACAUUUUUGAAAUUAUACAGAACAAAAAUAUAUUUGCAACAUGUUUCAUGAGCUGAAAUAAAAGAUCCCAGAAAUGUUCCAUAUGUACAAAAGGCUUAUUUCUCUCAAAUUGUGAACACAUUUGUUUACAUCCCUGUUAGUGAGCAUUUCCCCUUUGCCAAGAUAAUCCACCCACCUGACAGUUGUGGCAUAUCAAGAAGCUGAUUAAAAAGCAUGAUCAUUACACAGUCUCACCAGGGUCGUGACCUGGAUGCAGUUCAGCGUUGUAACCGAUUUCAGUGGGCAAAUGCUCACCUUCAAUGGCCACUAGCACGCUGGAGAAGUGUGCUCUUCACGGAUGAAUCCCGGUUUCAAUUGUAUGGCGUCUUGUGGGCGAGCGGUUUGCUGAUGUCAACAUUGUAAACAGAGUGCCCCGUGGUGGCAGUGGGGUUAUGCUAUGGGCAGUAGUGAUGCGCGGUUUGACUCAUAACCCGCAGUCCACGCGGUUAUAUCCACGGGGCGGAUGAGUUUAGGGUCAUUAAAUAUUGUGUGGGUGGCGGGCUGGUUGAAUAAAGAGAAACAAUAACUUAAAAAAUCAACAAAUUUACAAUUAUUGUGCAAUUUAUAUAGGCUACAUUGAGGUUUGUCGUUCUUUAUUUUAGGCUAUCUGAUAUUAGUGCAUAAGCCUAAACUUUAGGGCUUAACCAUACACGCGCCAAAUAGCCUACACACCCGAUCGCCAAAUCAUGUUUUUGGGAACCGGCAGAAAAAGUUAACAUCAACCACGGAGGCAAAAAGGACAUUGUCGAAGUUUAAUUCAAUAAGACAAAAGCUGCGAAAGGAUAUUUGAAAAUAAAUAGAAGGGAGAGCCAGAAAAGUAAUGUUUGGAAAAUGUUUUCUGAAGUGGUAAAAGAGGAUGAUAGCAGUGCCGGCUUUGUUAUGUGUGAUGAUUGUGAGGCACUAUACAAAUUCGACAGUCACAAGACGGGGCUAUUUAAUAGGCCUAUGGCAUGUCAAGGGAACUGUCGCCUACUAUUUAGCUGCGUUAAAUGGUCCUCUGUAGCUCAGCUGGUAGAGCAUGGGGCUUGUAACGCCAGGGUAGUGGGUUCGAUCCCCGGGACCACCCAUACAUCAAAAUGUAUGCACACAUGACUGUAAGUCGCUUUGGAUAUAAGCGUCUGCUAAAUGGCAUAUUAUAUUAUUAAAUAGAAACUGAAAUCUGGACACUGACUGUAGGUCUAUAUCCUUAAUAAUAACUCCUGCAGAAUGAAGCAUUUCUUGCAGUAAAAUUAUACACCAAAAGUAGGCGAAAUUUGGACUUGGGAACAGGAGUGGAGAAAUAUGAUUUAUAUAUUUCUGCAUCUUGAGAGAAUGCAAAGCUCAGUUAGAUACCAUAUGUAUAGGUGCUGUCUUCAUCAUACAAGCAUCAUAAAAGCUGAUAGUAUUUAAAUCACAUAAAAUAUACAUCGAAGCUGAACUGAAAUCUUAUCAGAAACACGUUGGGUCGGUUUCACAGCUUUCUUUUUCCUUACAACCGGUCAAACUGAUGUCAUUUGGACAUUUUGCACAGGAAGUCUAAGCGCUAUUGAAUUUUCUCCUAAGUCCCUAAACGUCUUUGCUCCUCGAAAGAUGUCAACUAGAUUGAAGCAUUCAUUCUAUCGAUCUAUUACAUUAUUCUGUUGAGCAAGGGUUUAUUUAAUAUUCUAGGACAGCAUAUAAUGACAAUAAAUAAGCUACAUGUGUCUAAUUAUAGACAAGUUGAAGAACAAUUAUGUCGGAAAUUAUACGUUUUAUCAAAAUACGUUUUAUCACAGGGGACAAUUUUAGGACUCAUCAUUGUAGUCUGUAGAAAAAUGUGGGAUGGACCCCUCUGUCUGUAAGAAGAGAGCUGCAUUCUCUUUUAUUUAUUUACAAAGCAAUCUUACAGAAACUGCACCCCCUGUCAAAACAUUGUUCUGCCAUCGUUGACUGUAGCCUAUAGCGCAUUUUUUAUAUAUUUGUUGGGUGCAGGCCUCAGAUUUUCACUUUAUCACAUAUAGUCGGGCAGUUGCGGAUGGGUUAUUAGCAAUUGCGGGCAGGUACUGGUGAACAAACAGCUGACUAAUGGGCAGGCAUAAGCUACGGACAAAAAACGCAAUUGCAUUUUAUCGAUGGCAAUUUGAAUGCACAAAGAUACCGUGAAGAGAUCCUGAGGCCAAUUGUCGUGCCAUUCAUCCGCCGCCAUUACCUAAUGUUUCAGCAUGAUAAUGCACAGCUCCAUGUUGCAAGGAUCUGUACACAAUUCCUGGAAGCUUAAAACGUCCCAGUUCUUCCAUGGCCUGCAUACUCACUAGACAUGUCAACUAUUGAGCAUGUUUGGGAUGCUCUGGAUCGACUUGUACAACAGUGUGUUCCAGUUCCUGCCAAUAUCCGGCAACUUCACACAGCCAUUGAAGAGAAGUGGGACAACAUUCCACAGGCCACAAUCAACAGCCUGAUCAACUCUAUGUGAAGGAGAUGUGUCGCACUGCAUGAGGCAAAUGGUGGUCACACCAGAUACUGACUGGUUUUCUGAUCCACACCCCUACUUUUUUUUAAAGGUAUCUGUGACCAACAGAUGCAUAUCUGUAUUCCCAGUCAAGUGAAAUCCAUAGCUUAGGGCCUAAUGCAUUUCUUUCAAAUGACUGAUUCCCUUAUAUGAACUGUAACUCAGCAAAAUCUUUGAAAUUGUUGCAUGUUGCAUUUAUAAUAAGUAUUCAACCCCUUUGUUAUGGCAAACCUAAAUAAGUUCAGGAGUAAAAAUGUGUUUAACAAAUCACAUUAUAAGUUGCAUGGACUGAUUCUGUGUUCAAUAGUGGUUAACUGCCUGUAGCUUAGGACCUGAAGCAAGGAUAUGCAUAUUCUUGAUACCAUUUGAAAGGAAACAUUUAGAAGUUUGUGGAAAUUUUAAAUUAAUAAAGGAGGAUAUAACACAUUAGAUCUGGUAAAAGAUAAUACAAACAAAAAAACGUGUUUUCUAUUAAAUGUUUUGUUCCAUCAUCUUUGAAAUGGAAGUUAAAGGCCACAAUAUAUUAUUGCAGUUUAGGCGCAGUUUAGAUUUUGGCCACUAGAUGGCAGCCGUGUGUGUCCAAAGUUUCAGAAUUUGAUCCAGUGAAGCAUUGCGAUACUGGACUAUUUUGUAUCAAGUCUGCCCAAAUGUGCUGAAUUGGUCAAUUGCUACAUUUUCAAGUACAUAACUAUAGAAAACAUACAAAAAUGAUAUGGUAAUACAAAAUGUAAGUUUACACACUCCCACGAAUGUCAUACAUGAUGGAUCAUUAGCUUAUACACAAACUUUCACAUAUCUAGAUGGCCGGGCUGGGUGGGUGUGGAGCCAGAGACAGCUGGGUUUCAAACUGUAGAACCCAGUUCCUACAUUUUAAUAUAAAAAUUGAUUUUAUCAAACAAAACUGUGCUACAUUUUAUCUCUGGGACCCUUAGGAUGACAAAUCAGAGCAAGAUUACUGAAUGUAAGUACAUUAUUUACCUUCAGAGAUGAAUGUAUCAACCCAGUUGCCGUGAUACAUUUUUUGUUGUUGUGCACUCUCCUCAAACAAUAGCAUGGUAUUUUUUCACUGUAAUAGCUACUGUAAAUUGGACGGUGCAGUUAGAUUAACAAUAAUUUAAGCUUUCUGCCCAUAUAAGACAUGUCUAUGUCCUGGAAAGUUUGUUGUUACUUACAACAGUCAUGCUAAUCACAUUAGCGCAUGUUAGCUCAACCGUCCCGUAUACGGGACACCGAUCCCGUAGAGGUUAACAUGAUUUUUGAAUUACAACCUCAUCUCUUUACCCCACACAUACAAUUAUCUGUAAGGUCCCUCAAUCGAGUAGUGAAUUUCAAGCACAGAUUCAACCACAAAGACCAACCACAAAGACCAGGGAGGUUUUUCAAUGCCUCACAAAGAAGGGAACCAAUUGGUAGAUGUAUAAUACAAAAUAUCCCUUUGAAUAUCCCUUUGAGCAUGGUGAAGUUAUUAAUUAGACUUUGGGUGGUGUAUCAAUACACCCAGUCACUACAAAUAUACAUGCGUCCUUCCUAACUCAGUUGCCAGAGAGGAAGGAAACUGCUCAGUGAUUUCGCCAUGAGGCCAAUGGGGAUUUUAAAACAGUUACAGAGUUUAAUGUUUGUGAUAUGUGAAAACUGAGGAUGGAUCAACAACAUUGUAGUUACUCCACAAUACUAGCCUAAAUGAUAGAGUGAAAAGAAGGAAGCCUGUAACAGAAUAAAAAUAUUCCAAAAUAUGCAUCCUGUUUGCAACAAGGCACUUAAAUAAUGAGGCAAAAAAUUUAGCAAAGAAAUUUACUUUUUGUCCUGAAUACAAAGCAGUAUGUUUGGGGACAAUCCAACACAACACAUCAGUGAGUACCACUCUUCAUAUUUUCAAGCAUGGUGGUGGCUGCAUCAUGUUAUGGGUAUGCUUGUCAUCGGCAAGGACUAGGGAGUUUUUAUUUUAUUUUUAUAAACUGAAUACUUUUUGGAUAAAAAUAUACGGAAUACAGCUAAGCACAGGCAAAAUCCAACAGACACUGAGAGACGAAUUCACCUUUCAGCAGGACAAUAACCUAAAACACAAGGCCAAAUCUACACUGGAGUUGCUUACCAAGAUGACAUUGAAUGUUCCUGAGUGGCUUAGUUACAGUUUUGACAUAAAUCGGCUCAAAAAUCUAUGGCAUUCUAGCAAUGAUCAACAACCAACUUGACAGCUUGAAUAAUUUUGAAAAAAUCCAGGUGUGCAAAGCUCCUAGAGACUUACCCAGAAAGACUCACAGCUGUAAUCGCUGCCACAGGUGAUUCUAACAUGUAGUGACUCAGGGGUUGAAUGCUUAUCUAAUAAAGAUACUGUAUAUUAGUGUUUUAUUUUCCACAAACAAUUUUUUUAAAUGUCAGAAUUUAAAAUUAAAUCAAUUUUAAUCCCACUUUGUAAUGCAACAAAAUGUGGGAAAAAGUCAAGGGGUGUGAAUACUUUCUGAAGGCACUGUAACUCUCGAAGUCCUCCUGACCAGAGUCUGGUAUUACUUUUUGAUGUUGUUGGCACAAUGCGUUGAUAAUGAAGGGGGCUGUGCUUUUACUGGUUGGGUUUCCUCUGUGUCUUUCUCACUCAAACAGCCACACACACUUCAACCCCCCAGGGAAAAAACAUAUUUGAGAGAACCAAUCAAACCCAUCGCACAAUUUCUGAGCGAAUAUUGCAUUAACAAACAGCCUCCUUUCCAGACCAAUGUGGUCACAGCUCUCCCUGCACUGUGAGUCACCUGUGUUGCGUCAGCCAGGCUAGGUGUAACUGCUUUAGAGCUGUCAAAUCACAGCGGCUGCUCGUGUGGCCAUUGUCACGAAGCCACACCCAUCCCAAUCGCAUCAUAACUAGAAAGUGUAGGCUAUAUAGAAAUAAUGACACCCAAAUUGAAAAUCUUUAAACGAAAUAAUGAGGAUUUCUAUCGGCCUAAUCGAGAAGUAGAUUACAUCUCAGAUUCCACUGUUCGAACUUGUAAACAAGGCUGCAUGGGAUUUCUCUUAAUGCGACUCCGUGCAGCCAAUGGCAAUGUCCGCUUUAGGUAUAAUGCCGGGAGCCGCUUGUGGAUUUGACAGCUCUAACGCAGUUCCACCUCUGACACCGCCAAAACAACCGUUAUGCGGGUGUAGGCUAGUGUGGGUCUGAUCAAAUCUAGGCCUUAAUUUCCUUUGAAAAAGCCCCCCUUCCAUUACAAGUAUAAAAUGGAAAACUGACUGUUUUGAAUACAUUUAUACAACGGGUGGGUCUAAUCCUGGAUGCUGGUUGGUUAAAACCGCAUUCCAGCCGGUGUCUAUUCUAUUUGAAUACAUGUAUGGACUUACUGUAAGCACCAUAAUGACACAAUAUAGGUAUCUGUUUAUUUGCAACCUGUCUAGGACAAAUAUGCAGUGUGCCUUAUCUGGUUACCAGUUAAAACCUCAACAUGUCUCUCUCUAAAAAGUAUUUUUGAAUUAUGUAUUGUAUACAUCACAUGCGAAACAGUAUAUUCUGUAAGAAAUUAUCAGACUGUUGCUGCUGGUGCAGAGCAUUGCCCUGUAAUAUAUCUGUUGAUAUUGAAUGAAUUGGUGAAGACCUACUGUAGACCUACAGUGCAGGUUGUUUCUUCUCCUCAGGUGGCAGUAGUAAGUCUCUUCCAGGGAUCGUUAGUCUAUCUGGCCCCUCAAGACUCCCAAGCAAGCCCAGCAGCCUACCACGGGAGUGUACCCCUGUGUGAGUGUGCUCACUUGAAAUGUCAAGUGUUGAUUGUUAAAUGUUGAGUGAUAGUAUGAACACAGAUAGGGACAUCGUUCUUAUAUUGUUGCUUUUCUAAUUGUGAUUACUCUGUAGGUAACUGGAUUUACAGGAACAAAAAAGCCAAAUGUUUCACUUUAUGUAUUUUUUCCCUCUGAUUCCUGUUAUCUCGUUAGACAUUCCGAGGAUGACCAGGGGGUAUAUGAUGACAUAGGCCUAGGCCUAGAUGUAAAACCACCUCCCCCACCCCCAAAACACCCAGGUAGCUGGGACAAAAGUGGUAUGUCUGAAAAUAACUGCUAUUUUACCAUGAACGCAUGCAAGAGAUUCACUAGCUAUUAUGAAUUUAGGGCUGAAUCGUGAUGACUCUUAAAUCGUGAAUGUAUGAUUUAUGUGAAAGCUUGAAUUGUAUACACAUAUAGUAUCUCAAUCCAUCAUCCCAUAAUGCAUGUAUUUUACAUGUUCAUCGCUUGUUCAUGCAUGUCAUUAAUAGUAUCUUCUGCUAUUUCACCCACAGACUCCUGGAAUGAAAAUAGUUCUUCACAAAUAGAUGAGGUGAAAAAUUCUGUGUUCCUAUUCUGUUUACCAUCAGUGAACAUCAAUGCAGAACACUGCUUUUGAAUUACUUCUGAAAUACUGUUCUUGAAAACAUGCAUUUCAUGACAUUUACCUUGAAUCUAUCUUCUUAUUCCUGGCUGCAGGGGAGCGAUGAAAGUGAGGUCUAUGAUAUGAUUGAUAAGUAAGUAUAGUAUUGAAAUACAACUUUGAUCCCCUGCCUACAUACAGUACGUGGUAUCUUGGGUUUAUGCUUGUCUGACAAGUAGACAACUCAAUACCUGGCAUAGCAUACUUUUAACAGCCCAUAUCACAAGGCUAAUGAAAAACAUUUGAAUAGUCACAUAUCUGUUAUAACAUGUUUAUAUGGGCGUAAUAGGUGUCUACUUCAAAUAAUAUCACUGACCCGUCAAUGUCUCUGUCUUUUGCCAUCUCAGAGGCAACCAACAGGAGGGGAAAACCACAAGUUCUGAUAAGAAUAAACAGAGAGAGUUGAGGCGGCAGCAAGAGCAGGAGAGGAGAGAGCAAAAGGAAAUACUGGAAAGGGAAAACAAAUACAGAAAGAAAUUCAAGGUGAUACGCCACAUUUCCAUGCGCUAACAAAUCCAGAAAUCCCCCCAAACAGUAACGUUUGUCAUAACACACUUGAAUACCAGUGUUUUGGAGAUGGUGCUGCAACCUGGUCUCAGAGCAUUUUGUAUUAUUCUGUAUUUAAAUCCAAGACACUCCAUUUAGUAUGAUAUGUUACGUUUCGUAUUUAUUUGUGGAUGUCCAAAACCUAUUUUGUGUGAUAUGUUACGAAUUACAAUUCAUAUUAUAUGUUACAAAUUUGCAAAACAUACAAUAUGUUAUGAAUUUGCAAAACGUAUGAUAUGUUACGAAUUCUAGCUAGGUGGCUAGGUGGCUAACGUUAGCUAGGUUAGGGGUUAGGGUUAAGUUUAGAAGUUAGGUUAAAGGGUUAGGGGAAGGGUUAGCUAAAAGCGUUAAGGUUAGGGUUAGGUUUAGGGUUAGGGUUAGCUAACAUGCUAAGUAGUUGCAAAGCUAAAAAGUAGUACGUAGUUGAACCUUUACUAAUUAGCUAAAAUGCCUUAAUUAGCCAUCUGUAUUAUGUAACCAUACCAAACAUAACAUAUCAUUCUAAUUUGAGUGUCCCGGAUUUACAUUUACUAUGUUACGUCUAAUCUAUGAGACCAGGCUGGGUAUUUUGGAACACACCUGUAAUAGAUCUCUGUGAGCCUUUUUCAUAUGGUGUUUUGCCAUAUAUGGAAAUACAGUAAUGUUAUCUCACAUGCAGAACAGACAUCUCAUUAAUCUCUGUAGUCUACAAACACCACUUUACAACCCUCUGUAUUUAUUUGUACCCUUCCACAGCUGGGGACUGGGGACAUAGAGGUCCUUCACAUGGCCAGGGUUCGACACAACUGGCAGGGGGGCAAGCAGGAUCUAACUGUUAGGCAGGGAGACAGUGUGGAGAUCUUACGGGUUAAGAACAAUCCUGGGGGCAUGUGGCUAGCCCGCACACUGACUGGCACCUGUAAGUAAAACACUAUUUAGUUCUAUAGAACUAAGGGACAGUUCGAAAUUUACUGGGGUGGGGUGGCUGGUCCAAAAUAGGGGAGGGUUGUCUAACUUUAUUUUUUUGCUUUGGGGAGGGUUGUUUGAUUUUUUUAUUGGGCACAGGGGAGGGUAGUGCAUUUUUUCCGCUUGUUUACAGUCCCCAUUUUGCAGGCUUUACUAUAUAAUUUCUUCCAUAUAGCAAAAUCUCCUCAUCUGCUUGCAUGCGCCUCCCCUAUCAAGGUGUUUUGAUACUUCCCUUAAGCACUACGCUUUUCUGCACGCUUAGUAUACAGUCAACUCUAUCUUGCCCAUCUAUAUAUAGUGACAAUAGUGGUAGGUGGAUCGUUUGCCCAGAUCUGCAAUUGGUUAACUAGCAAUCAUAUCACACAUAAAAACAUUCAAAUCUGCACCAAUUUUCUAUAUAAAUCCACAAGAACAUAGAGGAAUAGCUGAUAGGCAGCGGAGAGCCCAGGUGCGUCAUUGCACAUGAAAGAACAGUCAAGACAUGAGACACGCAGCUCAAAAAGCUAUCUUAUUGAUAUAUAUAUAUUUACUUAUUUUUGCUGGCUCCCCUCACUUUUCAAAUAAAUGUAUCCGUUAUACAGUUCAUUAUAUUUGUAUGGCCUUGUACCUAGACUAGCCUACAACACCACAGUGCAAUGAAUAUUGCAUCAUUGUUUUCAAGUGAGUACAAUUCAGUACAAUUCUACUCUAGGCUGUAAACUGCAGUGAGCAUGUAAUUUGAAUAAUGGCGCAAAAGUUCUGUUAUUUCAAUAUUUCAUUCCAUUUGGAUCAGUUGUGGGUCUACUCUCGACACAUUACAGGACAGUCUGGCUGUAUUUUUACUUCUGAUACUGAUGCACUGUCUGUUGCCGGUCAUCAUUCUCCCAUGUCGUCCAAGUGGCCAUAUAGGUAUAUGCUCCCAGCAGGCCCAGUUAUUCAGGAAAGCUUAACACGCGUUCUGCCUCUGAGAGCUAUUCCUCGACCUCGAACCUAACGCUUUAAUAUAGCAAAAAUAUUUGUCAUUUAACUUUUAAAAUGUACUACCUUUUAUGUGUGGCAUAAACACAACUAGUCACAAUGUUUUAAUCUGAUUAGGCUACUUCAAGUCUCCUGUAGGCUGCCUACGCAUGUCCAUCCACUCCACUCUAAUAUAAUUCCAGCAUCCAAACUGCGCCCCAGCCAUUAGAUGAAUGGAAAGAGACAUCUGUUACAAAACAUCAAAAAGUUGAAUUGCAUUCAGAGAUUGUCAAGCCAAGCCUUCAAUACUGAUAAGGGAGGGAUGAAUUUUCUGUUUGUUGAGAUUGGCAUAUUCUAUUUGAUUGUGGUGUUGAAAACGCAAACCAUGAUGAAGCGCUCAAAGUCGGUAAUCGGUAUGCAGUUAAGCGUUGCUUAUUGGUUGUGUGUGGUGCAUUGGCACAGAAACCCAAUUAUAAAUGUAGCAUCAAAAUGUUGAAAAUGUGAUUUCCCCCAAGCUGAUAAUUGUCUGCAGCCAGCUCUCAUCAUAGUGUAAUGAGACAGGCAGGGAGAGUGAGCUCAUCCGUGGUGUUCGGCGAACCCUCAACCUUCUGGCCCAUAGCCCUGCUUGGUAUCGACUGUGCCACAAAACCAUGCUGAAGUGGUCAAGUCAAUAUCCAAAUAAACACAAAUUAUUUUAGAGUUCAUUUUAUGAGGGGGAAGGGUGUGCACGUUCUUUACAGUACAAGGGGAAGGUCAUGUGAAAAUAUUUUAAACCUUGGGGAGGGGGGUGCAUUUUUUUUAUUACACCUGGAGUUGGACAAGCCCCACUCCCCGCUCCAGUAAAUGUUGAUCUGUCCCUAAACAAUUCCAUAUAUGUUCCAUAUUUUAUACUAGUUCCAUAUUUGCUGUGACAAUGCUGAAAACCACACAUUUCAUGUACCUAAAGCUACCAAAAGCCAUUAAUGAAGUGUUGUUUUGCAGAUGGCUACAUCAUUAACACAUGUGUGGAUGUGGACUAUGAGGAAGUGAAACGUAAACUCAAACUGUCCAGAGCCCCUGACCCCUCACUGCCACCACCACCACCUCCACCUCCUGUCUCUUUUGAGGACAAUGACAUCUAUUAUGAUGUCGACUCCUCAGAUAACAUGAACAGGUAGCCCUCACAUGCACAAAUACACCAUGUUGCUUUCACUUUGUCUGUAAUUGAAACAGUGUAACCUGAAUGCAAGUGAUUGAUAUGAUUGAUAUGUUUCUCUCUUACAGCAGCAUGACUCAGGAGGAGGGUAAGUGGAGCUGUGAAUGACCAUUUUCCAUUAAGUUGUUCAUGUAGUAUGCUUAUGUUCAUAUAUUUAUUUAUUUAUUUCUCUCUCUCUCUCUCUCUCUCUCUCUCUCUCUCUCUCUCUCUCUCUCUCUCUCUCUCUCUCUCUCUCUCUCUCAUCCAGAUGACUAUGAUGAUGUGCAAGGAAUACCCAAUGACUUCCCCCCUCCACCUCCUGAAAUGAGGUAUUCCUCAUAUACAGUACCUUUGAAUUCAAUAAAACAUUUACAAACAAAUUCAGAUACACAGGAGGGUUAGUCAAAUGCCUUCCUUUGUCUGUGGUUUUUCGUAGUGUGAUGUUGCUUUAAUCGCUUGCCAAAUUUGGCCUGUAUGUUUACUUAAAAUAUGAAAAUGAAAGCUUGUAUAUAGUUUAUCUUGUCUGUUGCAUGUAUUGCACUGUAUAUAAAUAAAGUAGUUGCUAAUGGCUAAAAAUAAGAAAGCAUAAAUAAAAACUACUUUUGUGAUCAGACAAAAAAGGACAUGUUUGUCUUUAUGUUCCAGUCUAGAUCCAAAAAUGAGAAAGAAACUGGAGAAAGACGAACAGGAGUUCAGAAAAAGGUUUAAGGUAAAUCUUAGUUUGCUCUUCUUGCAUAUCUGUUGAACUGUUGAAAAUUGCUUUUACCGCAAUUCAUGUGCACACAUUCCUCUGAAAAGCACAAUCACUAGUCGCCUAAUAAUAUGACAUUACCAAGUCAAAUGAAAAAAUAAACAUCACUUUUAUUUUGUUCUGUCAGUUUGAGGGACCGAUUAAGGUGUUACACAGCAUGAUGGUUGACGCAAGUGUCAAGAAGGCAGGAGGGAAGGAUCUAACUGUGGUUCAGGGAGAGAUCCUGGAGGUCAUUCAACUCACCAGUGACAAGAAAGCCCUGUGUCGCAAUGAGCAAGGGAAAUGUAUGUGAAUACAUCGCCCUCUUGUGAAAAGUUUCUGUAAAAGUUAGUUGUAUAUCGAUUAGGCUACUCAGCAAUGUAUGUUUGUAGUACAGCCUUAUCAAUCAGAGAUUGCAGAAAAUUCCCUGUUUUGAUUACUUUGUCAGCAUGAGUGUCAUUAUUUUAAUAGUUCAUUCAUUUUCUUUCUCUCACAGAUGGAUAUGUUCCCAGGGUUCUUCUUCUUCAGGCGUAGGUUUCUUAUAUAUUUAUUAAACACAAUUAUUGGUAGAAUAUGAAUUCAGAAUAGCCAUAGUCCCUGUUAUUCAGUCACUGGUAUCAUAUUUUGCUGCCUACAACUGUGUCAUAACAUUCUGGUUAAUAUGGUUUUCAAUAUUCCUUUUCAGGGAAGGGGAGGAUGUUUACGACGAUGUUGAUCAUAUUAACGGUAAGUUAUUUUUGAAUGAAUCAUGCUUACUGUAAAUACAUUUAUAUUUUAACUGUCAUAUUAUGAACUUAGCUCUGGGACACAACAUCGGGAGUCACAGACCCCAGAUGAGCUCAUGUAAUAUAAACUGAACAAAAAUAUAAAUGCAACAUGUAAAAUGUUGGUCCCAUGUUUCAUGAGCUCCUGAGUGGCGCAGUGGUCUAAGGCGCCGCAUCGCAGUGCUAACUGUGCCACUAGAGAUCCUGGUUCGAAUCCAGGCUCUGUCGCAGCCGGCCGUGACCGGGAGACUCAUGGGCGGCGCACAAUUGGCCCAGCGUCGUCCAGGGUAGGGGAGGGAAUGGCCGGCAGGGAUAUAGCUCAGUUGAUAGAGCAUGGCGUUUGCAACGCCAGGUUUGUGGGUUCGUUUCCCACGGGGGGCUAGUAUAAAAAAAAUAAAAAAAAUAUAUGUAUUCACUAACUGUAAGUCGCUCUGGAUAAGAGCGUCUGCUAAAUGACUAAAAUGUAAAUGUAAUGAGCUGAAAUAAAAGAUCCCAGAAAUGUUCCAUAAGCACAAAAAGCUUAUUUCUCUCCAAUUUUGUGCACACAUUUGUUUACAUCCCUGUUAGUGAGCAUUUCUACUUUGCCACGAUAAUCCAUCCACCUGACAGGUGUGGCAUAUCAAGAAGCUGAUUAAACAGCAUGAUCAUUACACAGGUGCACCUUGUGCUGGGGAAAACAAAAGGAGCGUGCAAUUGGCAUGCUGACUACAGGAAUAUCCACCAGAGCUGUUGUCACAGAAUUUAAUGUUCAUUUCUCUACCAUAAGCCGCAUCCAACGUCGUUUUAGUGCAAUAUAACUGCAUUAUGCUGCAAAUACUGCGUCCAAAAUAACACUGUUUUUUUAACUGCAGUAAUUUUGCAGUGUAACUGAAUUCUGCAGUUACUGCGUCCAAAUUUCACAGUCAACUGCAGUUACUGCACUUUUACUGCAGUUUCAAAACUGCAAUCUUUUUUUGUAAGGGUGAAACUGAGGAGUAAUUCUGUCUGUAAGAAAGCCCUUUUGUGGGGAAAACUCAUUCUGAUUGGCUGGGCCUGGCUCCCAAGUGGGUGGGCCUAUGCCCUCCCAGGCCCACCCAUGGCAGCACCCCUGCCCAGUCAUGUGAACUCCAUAGAUUAGGGCCUAAUUUAUUUAUUUCAGUUGACUGAUUUGCUUAUAGAAACUGUAACUCCGUAAAAUCGUUGAAAUUGUUGCAUGUUGCGUUUAUAGUUUUGUUCAGUAUAUAUACAGUAGGAAAAGUACAAGGAGUUAACCCCUUUGUUGACCUCCUCUCUCCUCUUUACAGAUAUCUAUGACAAUGACAAUGUCUAAGAUCACACAAUCAACUGAAACCCUUUCCCUUUCCUGACCAAUAUGGAUCACCAAUACUGACUGGACUGACAAUUUAAUGCUCGUCUUCAAGGGAGACACACACACACACACAAAUGUCCUAAGAAUUGAAACAAUCGUGGCAUGAUUGUUGUUUGCUCGAAUUUGCUUGUAGAACUAUUUAAUACACUAUACUUUGUUCAUGGCUGGGCUUCUUGAGAUGAGUUGGAAAAAUAAAUAUUUUUUUGUCAAUUGUAUUUUGUGUAUUAUUAAUAUUUUAUUAGUGUACUCAACAAAAUUAUCCUCCCAAGAAUUAGAAGAAGGAUUUAAGAAGAUGAUACAUUUAUUGAUAUGCUGCUAAAUUCUCAUGGAAUUUAUUACCCAAAGCUACCCCCUUUCUCACUGCAUCUUUGAAUAUGUGAUCUAUUACUACUGCCUGAAUAUUACAGCAACACUUCCUGUUCAAAGUACAACACCAUUUUUCUCAGGGUGACAGAUAGUAGAGGAAACCUGUUUUUGGGACUAGUUCACACAACUUCGUGUGGACCUUCAUGCUGAAAAAGAUGACAUCUGUCACGUGCAUUUACAGAUCGUUGUUACUUUGACGCUGCAGUUAACACGGACGGGAUCAAUUUGAUUACCAUUCGAGUGAGCAUAGCUGCGUGCACCUGACUUUCAGACCGCUACUAGUGUGUUUACAUAAUGCAAAAUUCCUUGGAGUCGCUUGUGAAUGUGCUUGAGUCGUACAGAGGAAGAGAUAAAGUGGUAAGUGUAGCACCAAAACAUUUAAUAAAAAAUCUGAUGUAGUAUGAAUACAUACUACAUUCAGUUAUUUCAUCUUAUUUUAAAUAUGACAAUUAAUAAAUGUUGAGUCAUUGCCCUAUUUAAAUGAAGUUGCAUACCACGUCCUAUAAAAUAAUAUAAUAUAAUGGCCUUGUGUUUUGUGUGAUAUUUGUGGGCAGAUAAGGACACUGUGCUAUGGGUCCCAGCUGGUUGGUGGGGUUCUGUCUGAGAAGCCAGGGCUGUCAUCUGCACAGCUUGGAAAGAGCCUCCUACUGUUCUCUGCACAGCUAAGCCACUGUCGGACUGUACUUAGACUCUUCGAUGAUCUCUCCAUGCUCACAUACUCACAAAGCUAUGGUCUUGGAGCCGGGGUGAGCAAAGAGUCUAUAGCAGUGUUUCCCAAACUCGGUACGCGUUUUGGUUUUUGCCCUAACACUACACAGCUGAUUCAAAUGAUCAAAGCUUGAUGAUUAGUUGAUCAUUUGAAUCAGCUGUGCAGUGCUAGGGCAAAAACCAAAACGUGCACCCCUUGGGGGACCAAGUUUGGGAAACCCUUGUCUAUAGGCUUGGACCUUUCUGUCAAGACAUAAUAGAUUUCCUUUAUUGCUAUGUCCAGUAAUGCCCUGUAUGAAAGAUUUCUGAAAUGACGUAGCCAGCCAUCACCUGUGUCUCAAGACGUGGCAAUAGCCCCACUUCAAUAUCAAGGCAUGUCAGUGUCAACACACAAUUGAAACCAAUUAAAGCCAGAUUCCCCGUAGUAAGAUAUUGAGGGCCAAAUACUUAGCAUAGACUUGACACUUUAUUUAGAUUGACAUGCAUGUCCCUCUCUCCAGGAGGAAGAUUCUGCACUGCGCUUGAUGUCUGUGCUGAAUAAUGUGGCUGACCAGCUGUAUUACCCCUGUGAACAUAUAGCGUGGGCUGCCGAUGCCGAGAUCAUCAGUGCCAAGUCUGACAAAUGGUGGCUACUAAGCGGUAUACUCUGGGGAGUAUCUCUGCUUUUAGGCGUUUUCAGGUAAGACUACUUCUCCGCUGAUGGUUUCAUACUACAAAACGAAUCUGAGGCACUCUUCAAUCAGUGAAAGUUACAAUGUUGUUCGCCUAUUUGGCAUAUGGUGAAAGUACAGAAAACGUUGGUAUUAUCCUUGUUCUCAGGCUCAAUUGCUACUGCAUAUAGAGAGCGGUUGGGUUCGGAGCUGGCUGGGGGACGAGAUUACAUUGGCAUACCUACAGUACAGAUUUCGGCAUGGAGCUUUCCUUAGAAUGUAGCCUAUUGCUUUGGACAGGAUUUGAAACACUCAGUGAUAGUGGGGAGGCAUGUAGAAUGGCUAUAAGCCAGUUUUACUCACCAUACACAUUGUCCAUUCUAGGUCUAUGAGGGUUAUCAUGCUGCUGAGGAAGAAGUUAAGGAAGUCAAGACAAGGCGACAGUAGGUGAGUCUGGUCAAUACUGAAUCAGUGGACUUGUGUUGUCUCAAUGACAGUGUGUGUCAAUGACUGUGUCCCAUCACGUAAAAUGUGUUGAUGGAAUCUUGGCGUUCCCAAUACAUUUUCAUUACAUCAAUUGGGAGGACAUUUCAGGUAAGGAUGCUAGAUAAGUUUGUGUUGCUAAACAAAUGAGUGUAUAUAAAUGUAUCUUGGGUUUGAUUUGUCUCUCUCCAGUGAGGGAACUGUUGCCAGCAGGUGUCAGCUCCGGAGGCAGGUGCGAGGGGAGGUCCUCAGUAUUCUCAGCAGCAUGGCAGAUCUGAGUAACGCCAUUCAUUGGAUGCCCCCUGGUUUCCUCUGGGCAGGACGCUUUCCCAAUUGGCUAGUAGGACUUAUGGGCACCACAUCAUCCCUGAUUGGCUUGAUCCAAAUGGGUGCCAGUCAAGCAGUCAGUGCCUAGUCUUAUUGCUUUGACAAAUCUUUUUUUUACUAACACAUUUUCAUAACCCAAUCAGCAUUAGUGGACAAUGUAAUUUGUUGAAAAAUCUACUGAAAAUGGGGGAACAUUCCAACAUCAAACCCUGUUCUGGAUUACAUCGUUGCGCCCAGUGUUGGUAAUUAACGGUUUGUUUAUCACUGUUCUUGCCAAAGCUCCACAACCAGAUGCAACAGUUGACUAUUAUCUGUUUUAAACCGCUACCAACUGUUCAGCGAUGUUGAACAUAGGCCAGACUUGUUGAUACUAGUAGGAAUACAGUAAAACAUGGGAAGCUCUGUCAGCCUGUGCUUAAGUGGAGUCAUGUUCAGCUGGCCUACUGUUUCUCCUAGCUAUGCACUCCAAUUAUCUGUCAUGAUUCUUAGUAUUUCUCACAUAAACCCAUGGAAUGUGAAGUGAAACAAUCUAGAAUAUCUAUUACUAAUUUUUUAUUAGAAAAUGUAUGAAUCUAUUAAUCCACGGAUCAUUCAGGAUGAAUGAAGAUUGUUUAUUUGUUUUUGUUAGAUUUUUUUGGGCAGAAUUUUGAAUGUUAGAUAUUAACAAUAUUGCUGUAACAUUAAUUGUUUGGCAUUUUGGCACCAAUAAUCUCAUUUUUUGUAAAAUAUAAUCAUAACUUUGGCUCAGAAUAGCAAUUGCCCUUUCAAUAUGGUAAUGCUCAUAAAACCAAUCUAAUACCUUGAACACAACAUUUAUGUGGCUACUAUUUCAACCACUGAAACAGGCUGGACAUGUUAAUUGGCUAUCAGUUGCUGUGAUCAGUGUCAAAUUGCAAUUUGUAUGGUGAAUUGUAAUUUUCAUGUUCAUACUUUUCCUAGAAUAAAAUACACUCGAAGUUAAAUUA